AUGCAAGAUACAUCCUAUUCUAGGGACGAAUUCAGCAAAAGUGAGCGCUAUUCAGUUUUACGUUCUCAUAAAAGAGCAGGGGAGGAGAUUCGUCCAAUGUACGUCCGAGGACACAAACCCAAUAUAUUGGAAAAUACCUUAUUAGACUACGUAUAUGAUAAGUGCAUCGGCUUUUACCGCGCAAUCUCGAAAUGGAUCAGUCAUUUUCGACUUAUCUAA